CAGGCGCUAUGGCUCAUGCCUGAAAUCCGAACACCUUGGGAGGCCGAGGUGGGUGGAUGGCCUGAGGUCAGGAGUUCAAGACCACCCUGGCCAACAUGGUGAAACUCCAUUUCUACGAAAAGUACAAAAAUUGGCCGGGUGUGGUAGCUUACGCCUGUAAUCCCAGCUCUUUGAGAGGCCAACGUGGGUGGAUAACCUGAGAGGUUAGGAGUUCAAGACCAGCCUGGCCAACAUGGCGAAACCCAAACCCCCUCUCUAUUAAAAAUACAAAAAUUAGGCAAGCAUCAUCGCGCACACCUGUAAUCCCAGCUACUCGGAAGGCUGAGGCAGGAGAAUUGCUGAAACCCAGGAGGCCGAGGUUGGCCAAGAUCGCGCCGCUGUACUCCAGCCUGGGCGACGGAGUGAGACUCCCGUCUCAAAAAGAUAAAAUCCCAGACCCAGUGGGCCGCGCCUAUAGUCUCUACUUACUCAGGAGGCUGAGGUUGUAGAAUCACUGGAACCGGGAGGCGGAGGUAGCGGUGAGUUUAGAUCGCGCCACUGCACUCCAUCUGGGGCGACAAAGACUACUCGAAAAAGAAAAGAAAAAACUAGCGGGUUGAGGUCACGUGUGCCCGUAGUUCCAGCCACUCAGGUGGGAGAAUCGCCUGAACCCGAGGGCGGAAGUUGCAGUGAGCUGAGAUCGCGCACCAGCCUAGGCGACCGAGCGAGACUGCGUAUCAACAAACAAAAAAACAAAAUGCUAUACUCAUGGAUAUUAAAAAAAAGCAAAAAGAAUAAGUGGCUAGGGAUUAUGUUCCUUAAUGGGCUAUUCCGAUAAAAUCCUCAAGGGACUUUUUAAGAAUUGCAUUUUAAUUUCCACGUAACUUCCGGUUUGACAAAAAUUGCAAAAAUGCUCACGCCUGGAUUCCCAGCAUUUUGGGAGGCCGAGGAUGGCAGAUCACGACAUCAGGAGUUUGAGACCAACCUGACCAACAUAGUGAUACCCCGUCUCUACUAAAAAUACAAAAAUUAGCCGGGCGUGGUGGUGCAUGCCUGUAAUCCCAGCUAAUCGGGAGGCUAAGGCAGGAGAAGCGCUGGAACCCUGGAGGCGGAGGUUGCGAUGAGCCGAGAUGGCGCCAUUGCACUCCAGCCUGGGCAAUGAGCGAAACUCCAUUUAAAAAAAAAAGCAAAAAUGGUAGACAUUCUCCUGUAUCCUGUCUGGGCAUGGCUGAAGUGCAGGGGUGCAAUCAUAGCUUACUGCACUCAAGUGAUCCUCCCACCCACCUCAGCCACCCACGUAGCUGGGACUACAGAAAUACACCACCAUGCCCAGGCCACAGACCUCCCCCAGCACGAAGUGGACAUCGUUGCGUGGCAGAUAAUACCAACCUAUAUGUGUUUGGAGGUUAUAACCCAGAUUAUGAUGAAUCGGGAGGGCCUGAUAAUGAAGACUAUCCUCUCUUCAGGGAACUCUGGAGGUAUCAUUUUGCUACAGGAGUAUGGCACCAGAUGGGGACAGAUGGCUACAUGCCCCGGGAACUGGCAUCUAUGUCACUUGUGCUGCAUGGAAACAACCUGUUAGUGUUUGGAGGUACCGGCAUCCCAUUUGGAGAGAGCAACGGCAAUGACGUCCAUGUGUGUAACGUGAAGUAUAAGAGAUGGGCUUUACUCAGCUGUCGGGGGAAGAAACCCAGUCGUAUAUAUGGACAGGCUAUGGCCAUCAUCAACGGCUCCCUUUAUGUCUUUGGAGGGACAACCGGCUAUAUUUACAGCACAGACCUGCACAAGUUAGAUCUCAAUACCAGAGAGUGGACACAGCUGAAACCAAACAACCUAUCCUGUGAUCUGCCGGAAGAGAGAUACCGACAUGAAAUUGCACAUGAUGGGCAGAGGAUUUACAUCUUGGGAGGUGGUACUUCCUGGACAGCAUAUUCCUUAAACAAGAUCCAUGCAUACAACCUUGAAACGAAUGCAUGGGAGGAAAUUGCAACAAAACCCCAUGAAAAAAUAGGCUUUCCUGCAGCCCGAAGGUGUCACAGUUGUGUUCAAAUAAAAAAUGAUGUAUUCAUUUGUGGGGGCUAUAAUGGAGAGGUGAUCCUGGGCGAUAUCUGGAAGUUGAAUCUGCAGACUUUCCAGUGGGUGAAGCUCCCAGCUACCAUGCCCGAGCCAGUUUAUUUUCACUGUGCAGCUGUUACACCAGCUGGUUGCAUGUACAUUCAUGGAGGAGUGGUGAACAUCCAUGAAAACAAACGGACUGGGUCACUGUUUAAGAUCUGGCUGGUGGUACCUAGCCUGCUGGAACUGGCAUGGGAGAAGCUGCUUGCGGCCUUCCCUAACCUUGCAAACCUCUCCCGAACACAGCUUCUGCACCUUGGACUCACACAGGGACUCAUCGAACGCUUGAAAUGAGGAUUUCUGGACUGUUCAUUGAUACUGGAAAUGUUAAUUUAAAAAGACUCCUUUAUUUAUGAGCAGUGUAGAAUGUGCUACAAAAAGGAUUGGUUACCCUGAUCAAGGCCUUAUUUAGAAAAUACAUCAGAUGCCUUUCUGUAAAUUGGUUUUUCAGUUUAUGGACAUCUCACUUUCCCAUGUGCUUCUUCUUUGCUUCUAUUUCUCCUGCCCUAUUACAUGCACAUGACCUCACAUAUUCCCUCUUCCUUCUCGGUGGAGUUAAGGGAAAGUCCGAAAGUACCUUAGCAACAUUUUCAAUCAAGACAGAUUCCUUUUGAAAGGAAUUCUGAAGUUCCAUGUCAUACAAUCUUCCAGAAAUGAAAACAUCAUCAACAUAAACAAACAUGAAAUUAAAGAAUUUUUACAUCUAGCAACAGCAACAACCACAGGUUUAGGGGAUCGAUUGAGAAGGCUAACCUUGAGAAUCUCGAAGGUUACACUUGAACCUAGAUGUUUCACUGAGUGUUUUCAAGAUGUGUCUAAUUGAGUAGUAGCUGGAUCUGACGGCAGCAGUGGUUACCAUCUUGUUGCAUAGAUACUCACAGCUACCCUUUAGCUUUGAAGGAAGGUUAAGCAGCCCAGCAACUCUUGGUUAGUGGUUUCUUUCUCAUCUUCAUGGUGCCAGCACUGGUUAGAGCUGGCUUUGUCAAAGGACUUGUGUGUGUGUGUCGUGGUCGUGCUGUUCGUUGUUGCUCUUCGAAAUUAUGGCACCAAGAAUGUUUCAAAUAGAAAAACCUGUGGUGGCCAAAAGUUCUUCAUUCUGGCAGUUUUGAAACUCUUCUGCUUAUUAACGGUUUUAAAUAUCUCUUUGACUUCUUCACGAAGACUUGUAGACCCUAAACAUGUGGUGUAAAUGCCGUGUAAUGUGAACGCAAGCUCCGGAGAGAGGCCAGAGAAAAGUCAGGCAGGGGAAGCCUGCAUCCUCUGAGUUUGUGAACUUGGCUUCUGCUGGUCUUUGGCUGUCAUCGUGGCCAUUUUCUUUUCUAAUCUCUGGACCAGGUAGGUACCUGCCAUUUUCUCAGGCAGCUGGUCCUUGAUUUUUCCCUUAGCUUGUUGCCUUCUUUUCUGUCUGCUUUAUUGUGCAUGGUGCUGUGAAUAAUUGUCUAGUAAUUGGAUAAAAGGUCUUGGGGGUGAAGCCACAGGUCAUCCUUCCUGAAGAACCAAGUAUCAUUUAAAAACUAGCACGAGGAAGGAAUAAAACUGAGUAGCAUUCUUUUUUUUUUUUUUUUUUUUUUUGGUGUGAAAUUUUCAUUCUGGUUUGAUUUUUUUUUUUUUUUUUUUUUUAAUUAUAAAAAUAAGAAUGACAUACAUUUUCACUUGCUUCGCUAUCAGGCUGCUAGGGGAGCUGAGCAAGAGGCUCGCCAUGCGCAUGUGUAAGCCGCAGGUGUAUUCAAGGUGCUGAAGGCGCGCAAGGGCAGCGUCCUCCCGGGGCCGCCUGGCAGCAGGAGACUCGUGUGGGAGAGUGGGGACACAUCUUUCCUUUAAGUGCCUCUUUUUCACCUAGCUUUUAAAGUUCUUCUUUUUCCUUCAUCUCAGAAGGGAUCUCUUCAGCUUUUGUGUGGAUUUGAAAUUACCUUUGAGCUAUGGUUAAAAAGUUACCAUCUGGUAUUCAGUUCUGGGAGUGAGAAAACCGCAGCCUCUAGACGUGUGCUCCUAAUUCCUAAGCCUUAUCAUACCAUCCCCUCUGUGAUGGGUUGAGUUGAUGGAGCCUGUAUUCUGCAAAGUCUUACAAUAGCCAUGCAUCUGUGAACUUGGGUCCUUUCUGGGGAGUGAGGGAUGUGGGAGAGAGGCAGGAGAAGGAGCAGCUCCUCUAGGGCCCAUCCCCCCACGUCUCACCAUUAGCAGUCUGUGUAGCACCUAACCUCCCGCACCCACUGCCUGGCUUGCUCCUCCGAGCUCUCCCAGGGUAAGUCAGCCUGAGCAACUCCGUCAGACCAGAGCAGAGCUUUUCUGCAUGACGUCAGCCUGCCUCUGGAUAUUUGCGGGAAAUAUAUCCCAGAUUGAACUAGCCAGGCUGUCUAGGGUGGCAAGAGGAUUCUUGUCCCGGAUUUAUACAGGGACCAAAGACUGAAUGCUCAGCCUCUGUGCUUAGACUUUCAUGGUCCUCAGGAGAGAAGUGAGUCUCUAGCCCUGCUACACCAGAGAGGUGAAGAGAGAUGGGGUCUCUUCCAGCCACACUUGCUGGCAUCCUUUGUUGAGCCUUCUGAGGGUAGUCGUCUUUGAGGUAGGCUUUGGAGGCCUGACAUCAAAGACCUGUGUGUGUUAUUUUCAAAAAAGUAUAUAUCCUUGGUCUAAAGUGUCUUCUUUUAAUAUAACACUAGUAAAAAUGAUGUGGUAUGACCAGCACUGAGUGCUAUAGAACCACACACAUGCACAUGUUCUGGAUGCCAAAUGAGACUGUGUGAAUGACGAAGUGUAGAUAACUAGUUAGGUAGGGGUCAUCAGGCAUUCAGUAUACCUAAAACCAGCACUCGGAAUUCCUGACACUGUUUACUUGAUUUAGGAAAGUUUAUGCCUGCUGCUUCUCUGCCUCUUUGAGGUACUCCCAGCCGUCUUACUACAGUCCUGUAAAUUUAAGUGCAAUAUAUAGAAACAUAUGGAUAUAUACAUAUUAUAUAUAGGGUGUAACUAUAAAGCAGGUAGACUACUUUUUUGUGUCUGUCCUGGGGAAGCUAGCUCAUUACUUUAGAGUCAAAUUAUGCCAAGAAUUUUAGGUGUGAUCGGCUGGCUUAAGCCAACUCAUGGUAAAGCUGGAUUUUCAAGCCCAUGUUUUCUUACUCCAGCUCUUAGAGUCUCAUUGUUCCUUCAGUUUGUUAGAGCUGAACUUUUUUUCCCGUCAUUUUUGUACUAUCUCAUGUUUGCAUGUCUUACAUUUUGUUGCCCAAGAACAAGGAAGUUCAUCUGUAAGGAAUUUCCUAAAUGGAGAAUUUUAACCUAGCAUUCAAUAUGAUUAGUUCUCCCAUGCAUACACUAAUUUAAAUGAAGAAAAUGAUGCUUUCCACAUUUAAUACUUUCCACAUCUUGGAAAAACUAUAAACCAAUACAGAAUAGAUUGAAAUCUUAACUAUCCUUCCCAGGCUAGAAGAAAAGCUUUCCAUUGGCAGAAUCUCCUUUUAUCAGGUCCAUAAUGAUAUGAUGUAAAAAUUUGCUUUAAGCCAUUCACGCUCUUACUUAGCUAGAUUUUAAAGUAUAAUAAGCAUAUUAACAUUUUUAAGCAAAAAUUAUCUUAAGAGUAACCUCUGGUUAUCCAGAGUAUCAAGAGUAAAGCACAGAUCAUUGAACUCCAUAGAUAAUCAGUGAAUCCAUUUUUCCAUCAAACAAUCAAUUCAUUUUUAUUUCUUUUUCCUCCCUAUCAUUUCCCUCUUUUUCCUUAGAAUGGGGCUAAUGAGUAGUUAGAAAAGGAAAAGGAACAAUCAGGGAGGAGCUGGCAACCAGUGACCAUUUAAGCAGCUGAUUGCCUGUAAUCAGUCAGUCUGAACAAUUAGAACGCUGAACUUAGGAACCACAGGUGGUAAUCCUGUUUAGAUGUAACUCUUCAGCAUCAUCUCCUGCCCUGAGCUCUAGGCCAUCUCUUCUCUAACUACCAAAGAACUCUUAGUAUCUAUGGGAAGAGAAAGCUGUGUGCGACACAGAGGAAAUUCCAUUAUUUGAACAUGUUUAUCUGGCUCUUAACAAAUACUUGCUUUUCCUCUAAUCUUGCAAGAGCCGUGGCUCUGCCGUUUUCCACAGCUUGGCCUGUAGGAAAGGUUGAAUGAUCCUCUAAGACUGUGCUGGUCUUAGUAGUCUGUAAAACCGAUUUGUUUUUUGUUUGGUCUUACAGAUGUUUAGAAAGUGGCACAGGGUACUGAACUGUCUACCUGCCAGCAUUCUGAUGUAGCACAAAAACCCAUUUUCCUUUAUUUUUUGUAUUUUUUAAAAAUUUUGCUGGCAUUGAGCUCUAGGAUGGAUGAGGGUUUAUGGUCCUCUGAUCAUAAGCUCCACUCUAAAAACUGGUCCCUGUUAGCUGAAAUUGCUUUGGUUCUCCAAAUGCCUUGAACACCAGGCAUACUCGCAGGGCCUGAGGUAGGCUCGACAGAGUUCUGGGACCUCCGUGUGCAUUGCCACCAGAUCCUGCCCAGCCAUGGCCUUUCCCUUGUAAGGUCGUUGGAUUCAGCCAAAAGCGGCCUCUUCCCUAGUGUGGCAUUAUGAACAGAAGUUCUGAGUUGUGCUUCAAAGGUAGUUCCAUCUUUCUAGUGUAAUUUUCAUGUUUUUAAUUUGGAAAAAAAAAAACUUUUUGUAAGUUUUUUAAAGGCCCUGCUUAGUCAGUGUACAGGUGAGUCAGAGGCAGUUUUCAGAAAAAACAAAAACAAAAACAAAUUUCACCAAGCGGUAGUAAUUGUUGUUUUACCAGUUACACAUUUAGAAUGUAAAGGAGGUAUUAGAAAACACACUCUCUAAAGCCACUUCCUUGUGCAGAGUCUGCACAGGGAGAGCACAGGCAUCUCCCUGGAAAAGCACCUGCCAAUGAUGAGUUUCCUGGAAGAACCUAGGCAAGAAAGGAAGCCUCUUUCUGAGACACCGUCUUUGAGAGGCGAGCCUAGCUUUGCUCUUCCAACAGGGUUUGCUUGGGCCACACACAAUGCUCGCCUUACUUUAAAGCUAUUUGCCACAGUCUUGUUAAAUAGUGUGGAUGUCCUUUUGCAGUCUGGUGUGCAUGCCAUAUGAUCAGGACAGCUUUUCCACUUUACUCGGUUUCCUACAAACAAACAAGUAGGAAAUAUAGUGAAUUUACCCUAAAAUGUCCAAUCUGUAUUUAUGUACCUUGUCAGUGUUUUGCUGUUGGUUUUCUAAAACAAUCUGAUCAAUAAAUCUUAUCCAAAUCAA